AUGCAAAAUCCUCCCACACCACACCACCCCCACCUCUCCCUCCCUCUUCUCUCCGUCUUUGAAUCUCCAUAUCAAUCACACUCUCUUCUCCGUCUCUCUCUCUCUCUCUCUCUCCCAAAACACUUUCCUUCGUUUUCUCUUCGUUUGUUUCCCCACUCACAAAUUAAGCUGGGUUUACUCGAUCGUAUAUAAUCCAAGAGACCGGACCCGAACCGCCACUUGAACUCUUGACGGUAUCCUUUCCUUGUCAUUGAUAGUUAACUGCAACAAUGGCGGUGUCUCCGGCGGUGAACGCACCUCUGGCGUCGCUGUACGUGGGGGACCUCCACCCGAACGUGACGGAUGGCCAGCUCUUCGACGCCUUCUCCGAGUUCAAGUCCCUCGCUUCCGUGCGGGUCUGCAGGGAUUCUUCAUUGGGGAGGUCGCUCUGCUACGCCUACGUCAACUUUGUUGAUCCCAAUGACGCAACUCGCGCUAUCGAAGUAAAGAAUCACACUGCCUUAAAUGGAAAAGUGAUAAGGGUCAUGUGGUCGCAUCGUGAUCCAGAUGCGAGAAGAAGUGGAAAAGGGAAUGUGUUUGUUAAGAACUUGGAUGAAUCAAUUGAUAAUUCUGGGCUUCAGGAUAUGUUUGAGAAAUUUGGGAAUGUUUUGUCCUGUAAAGUUGCCGUGUCCGAGGAUGGGAAGAGUAAAGGGUAUGGCUUUGUUCAAUUUGAGUCUGAGGAAUCUGCAAAUGAUGCUAUAGAGAAGCUAAAUGGCUCUACUGUUGGAGAGAAGCAGAUAUAUGCUUCAAAGUUUGUCAAAAGGAGUGAUAGGAUUUUGCCCAGCGUUGAUGUUAAAUAUACAAAUUUGUACAUGAAGAAUUUGGAUUUAGAUGUCACGGAAGAGGUUCUACGGGAGAAGUUCUCCAAGUUUGGGAAAAUUGCUAGUUUGGUUAUAUCAAAGGAAGACAAAGGGACUUCCAGAGGUUUUGGCUUUGUAAACUUCGAUAACCCAGAUGAUGCAAGACAAGCAAUGGAACAGAUGAAUGGAUCGCAACUUGGUUCAAAAGUUCUCUAUGUAGCAAGGGCACAGAAGAAAGCAGAGCGCAAGCAAAUUUUACGUCAUGAGUUUGAGGAGAAACGUAAAGAGCAGAUCAUUAAGUACAAGGGCUUAAAUGUCUAUGUGAAGAAUAUUGAUGAUGAUGUCACUGAUGAGGAGCUGCGAGAACACUUCAGUCAAUGUGGCACAAUUACUUCUGCAAAACUUAUGCGAGAUGACAAGGGAAUAAAUAAAGGGUUUGGAUUUGUCUGCUUUUCCACCCCUGAGGAGGCCAAUAAAGCUGUGAGCAGGUUUCAUGGAUACAUGUUUCAUGGGAAGCCACUAUAUGUGGCUAUUGCUCAAAGGAAAGAGGAUAGACAAGCACAACUGCAGCUCCAGUAUGCCCAUCAUUUGGCAGGACUAGCGGGGCAUUCAACUACUGUUGUCCCCAGUGGAAAUCCUCCUUACUACUAUACGGCUCCUCCUGGCGUUGUCUCACAAGUGGCUCCUCAGCAUGCUAUGAUGUAUCAGCCUCUGGGUUUGAGGCCCGGAUGGAGGGCUAAUGGCUUUGCACCUCCAACCAGACCAGUCUUUCAACCAUCCCCAGUUCCAGUUGUUCCUAACACUCAAAGGCAAAAUAGGCACAACCGUGGCAGGAUGAAUGGGCAUAUGCCUCCACACGGUGGUCACUCUCUUCCAUAUAUGCCACAAUCAGUGACUUACUCAAAAGAUUCAUUCAAUCAGCAGCGUGCUGGCCAGGUUAAGUAUGAGCCAUAUGCUCGUCAACGUGAGAUGAAUAAAGGAUUUGGCGUUUCAUCUACUGCUACUAAUUCUGUUGGAGUUGGGCGACAGGGAUCAGAGAUGCUGAGUAGCAUGCUUGCUGCUGCUUCCCCUGAGCAGCAGAAGCAGAUACUUGGCGAGCGUCUCUACCCUCUUGUUCAGAAACACAAGCCUGACCUUGCUGCAAAGAUUACGGGGAUGCUUUUGGAGAUGGACAACUCAGAACUGCUGCUUUUGUUGGAGUCGACAGAGUCUCUGGCAGCCAAAGUGGAAGAGGCUGUGCAAGUUCUCAAGUACUCCAAGACCAAAGUAUCUGGUCAGGAUGCCCUUCAUCCCAGUUAUCUAUCUGCUGAGGUUGCAGUUAAUUGAUAAAGGUCACUGCCUUUGGAAAUGAUACAUUUUGGAAGGUUAUAGGAAACGCUGCGGCUAAAACUCUGGUAGAGCAGAAUUUUUGAUACUAAUACAUGAGUGGAUCUU